AUGGUGACGGCAAUUGCAGAUCGCUUUCACGUGAUGGAUUUCCACAGCCGCAGAUCCCCUGUGCUGGGCACCAGGGGCAUGGUGGCAUCCUCUCAGCCUCUCGCUUCUGAGGCUGGCAUGCGAAUAUUGCAACAAGGGGGCAAUGCUGCAGAUGCAGCAGUUGCCAUGGCGGCAGCCCUGAAUGUCACUGAGCCCUGCUCGACAGGUAUUGGAGGGGAUGCAUUUGGGCUGUUCUACAGCGCUGCAACCCGCGAGGUCACGGCCCUUCUAGGCAAUGGACGAUCCCCAGCCGGCCUGACAAUGGAGGCGGUGCGUGCACAAGGCAUCGAGGGGCACGAGCUGCCGGCGGACAGCGCGCUGUGCGUGACCGUGCCCGGCGCCGCCGCACUCUGGGAGGACACCAUCAAAAACUUCGGCACGCUGGACCUCAAACAGGUGUUGCAACCUGCCAUUGAGCUGGCAGAGCAAGGCUUUCCCGUGUCACCGGUGACGGCGUACCACUGGAAAAUAAGCACCCCGCAGCUGAGGGGCCCCGGUAAGGCGGCGUUCCUGACUCCCGACGGCCGCGCGCCAGCCGCCGGCGAGAUUCAGCGCAACCCUGAUCUGGGGCGUACCUUCCGCUCUAUUGCUGAGCACGGCGCCCUUGAAGGGUUCUACAAGGGCAGGAUAGCGGCGGCGAUAGUGGAUGUGCUGAGGCGGGAGAGGGGAGUUAUGACGGCUGAGGACCUGGCACAUCACCGCAGCGUGACCACCCGGCCCAUCCACACCUCAUACCGCGGCUACACCAUCUACGAAGUGCCCCCGCCAACCCAGGGAAUUGCGGCGCUGAUGGCGCUGAAUUCUCUGGAGUUGGAGGAGGGGCUGGAGUCCGCAGGCUGGGGCGGCGCGGAGCACAUGCAUGCAGCCAUCGAGUCCAUGCGCCUGGGCUUCGUGGACGCCCUACAAUACAACGCUGACCCAGAGGCGGCAAGGGUGACGCCGGGGAACCCUAUCCCGGAAGCUUCCUCGGCGGCGGCUCCAAGUGAAGCACGGCGCUCGGGUGACACCGUUUAUCUCUGCGUGGUGGACGGCCAGGGCAAUGGGUGCUCCUUCAUCAACUCCAACUACCUCGGCUUCGGCUCUGGCAUCGUUCCGGAGGGGUGCGGGUUCACACUGCAGAACAGGGGCCACGGCUUCAUUCUGGACCCGAAGCACCCCAACUGCCUGGGCCCACGCAAAUGGCCCUACCACACCAUCAUUCCCGGCCUGGCCACCGACCCAGAGGGCAACCUGUUCUGCACCUUUGGAGUGAUAUCCAACAUGCUGGACUUUGGCAUGGAGCCACAGACAGCGCUGGAUGCGCCGCGCUUCUCCCUCUACGGAGUGGACUCUGCCGAGGGCCCCUCCACCGUUCUUGACAGCGUAGUUUUCUUGGAAGAGGGGUAUAGCGAGGAGACAGUGGAGGGGUUGCGAAAUCGAGGGCACGUCAUCUACCCCAAUGUGAGGGGUCACGACAGGGCAGUGUUCGGGAGAGGGCAGAUCAUAAAGAGGGACCCCAAGACCGGAGUGCUCUGGGGUGGGUCUGAGCCCAGAGCCGAUGGCCAAGUACUGGGGUGGUGAAGACAUAAGUUGCUGAUCUAUGUUUUAUUAGAGCAAGCUAGCCAGAAAAAAUGCUUGCCACAGACAGCGUGUUACCCGCGCAUUGAUGUACAGUAAUUUAGAGCAACUUUGCAACCCCAAUCUGUCGCGUGGUGAGACAUUGCAUCUAUAUCUCAUGUUGCAGACACUCAAUCUGAAUCGUACUUCAUGCGUUUGGUCUCUACACAGCC